AUGUGUCAACACUUUGCUCGCCAUGGCGGAUCCACCAUCCGAACGCGUCAGAUCACAAGGGUAAACCAGACCUAUUCGGAAGGCACCGGCGUGGUCCACAACAUCACCUUCGUUAAAGCCAUCAGCAGAGACACUUACGAAGGCCAAUUGCGUGGUGGACAACGGUUUACAGUCACCAAAGACGACAUCCGCACAGAGCCAAGCAUAUACCAGCUUCGUAAGGAGCCGGGCCACCAUAACUGCUUCCAACUGAUAUUCAAAGCGUUUGAAAGGUAUCGCGAGCUGAGAUUCGUUACGCCGGCAUGUGGGCCCAUGCAACAAGACAUGCCAAACAGAGCGAAGAAGGUAUUCCAAUUCUGUGAUGGCGAGAGCGUCACAGAUUUGGAGCUGAAAGAGGAUGAAGACAUCGAGGAAUACAAUAUUGUCGAGAUUAAAGACCGUGAUGACGAUACCAUGAGGAGAUAUCUCAGAGAGACGGGAUGGGUGUCUUCCAACAAGACCACUCAAUCUGCAAAUGACGAGGAUUGA